AUGCCGGACGCCGACGUUGUGGUGGUUGAUCGUGCGAAGUAUGCUGGCAACGUAGGCUCAAUCCUGCGGCACAUGCCCAUACUGGGAGGUGUGCAGACGUUGUUUUUGGCAAACAGCGCGCACCGGUCAGGGUCGCCUUAUCCUCCCUACCCUCGCAGCUUCAUCAAGGAGGUAAUGCGCGUGUCGAUGCUUCAGCAUUAUCAUGAGUUUGAAGCAAGAUUCUGUCUGCUAGAUGGCGGGGCAGAGGAGCUAAUGCACCUUCUGGAAAUGCUGAAAUCCCGUGGCUUCGCGCUGAUGAUGUUGGAAAAUGUGGAGGAAUUCGAGGACAUGCCUGUACCCACGCAGGACAGAUUUCAUUACUGCUCGAUAUAUGAUAAGGCUUCUGCCAUCCGAGAUGUGAGAGCCCCUAUUGCAUUCAUAUUUGGUGGAGAGUCUGGCGAACCGAUGCCAGAGCUGUUCACAACAUGUGACGUUGGAGGCUUUAUUCCUAGCCAUGAAGCUGACCACAAGAAUGCCAACCAACAUGAGGCUGAGGAAUGUGAGAACAGAUGUCUUCAGAGGAUGCAUUCAUGCAAUCUGAGCAUUGCAGCCUGCAUUGUCCUAAGUGAGCGCCAUCGGCUGCGGAUAGCACAGCAACACGAACAUGCCAGAAGCUUCCUGCGAUGCACCGAGCUCGUGGACGGUCCUCUGACUUUUGCGCAGAAGGGUUCCAUCUGGCAAAGCUAUUUGGCUCAAUAUUUUCAGGGCAUUUGCGCUUGUGCUACCUGGUUGAAUAUAUGCGGAAUCAAAAUAUCAAAAUAA